UGCAAUGGAUAUUGGGUAUGAGCUGCCUGUUGGUUUUUGGUGGAGGCCAUAUGGGAACUUUGUAUACAAAGGUGCCAUGUUAGUUUCAGAUGAAGAUAUUAAGGCAAUGAUCUUUGAUAUAAAACCAAGGAGGUAUAGGUUGGUUGAUAUCUUCUUGGUCUUGCCUGACAAGGAUUAUGUGGCUCCUGCUGUCAGUUACUAUGAAAUUGUCACUCUACCAAAAUGUAGAAUUGAAGAGUUACCAGAUGAUGCUGAAGUGGAUGUGGAUGUUGUAGUAAAUGCAGAGGGUUUUCCUGAGGGAUUUGUCACUGAUGGUAGUGAAGAGAAUGUGGAUGUGGAUGAUGUUGAAGAGGUAGAUGAUGCUCCUGAUUUGGUUGUUUUGGAUAGUGAUGAAGAAUAAGAGUUACCCUUCCCACCCCAAGCCCAAGUACCACCUCAAACUCAUGAAACAGAAUAACCAUAUCAAGAAGAGACGAAGUAGCACCUGAAUUAGAAGAUAACACUACGGCUGAGACUAAAAGAAAAGGCAAGCAGCCCCUGAGGAAGUGUAACAAGAAGAGGAGAAAGGGAAAGAGGAAGGUUGAGAAAGAUGAUAAUUUUCUGUUGGAAGAGGAAGAUUAAGUUGAUGAUGGUGAACAUAAAAAGGAUUUAGAGAACACAACCGAUCCAAGAAAGUGGUGGUCUUUAGUGAAAGACCAUUGUAAUGAGCAAGAUUAUGUUGAUUCUGAAGGAGUAAUAUUUGAGGAUGAUCUCAAUAGCUUGUGUAGUGAUGAUGAGCACACUGUUAGAAAGAGUAAGAGUGAAUACAACCCUACUAACAAGUUUGAGAAAUUUGAGUUCAAGCUUGGGAUGAUAUUUCCUACCAUGGACCAUCUAAGGGAGGCUUUGAAAGAUCAAUUUAUUAACAAUAAUAGAACAUACAAGUUUGUUUUCAAUGACAGAUCGAGAAUAAAAGCCAAAUUCAAGGGUGAAGGUUGUGAUUGGUUUAUUUAUGGAAGAGUUCAGGGUAAUGAUAAGAAGACUGUUAGGAUAAACAAGUACAAGUCAGAACACCACUAUAGGAUAGUGUUCAACAAAAAACUUGUGACAAGCACAUGGUUAGCCAAGCAUUUCUUGGAGCAGUUCAGACUUAAUCCAAACAUGGACUACAAUGGAUUCAUGGGAAUGACCUAGAAAAUAAAAUUCAGCAAUGUGUCACAAACCAUUUUCUACAGGGCUAAGGCUUAUGCAAGAAAUCUGUUGGAGGGUUUGGUUAAGGAUCAAUAUUUAAUCCUUGAUGACUACUGCGAGCAGAUAAUGGAGACAAACCCAGGUAGCAUAGCUUUACUUAAAACUAACCUUGUUGAUGGCCAAAGAGUAUUUGAGAGGGUUUAUAUUUGCUUGAAGGCUUGUAAGGAUGGGUUCAAUAAGGGUUGUAGGCCUUUGCUAGGACUGGAUGGAUGUUUCUUGAAAGGCUAUGGUAAGGGUAUUUUAUUGGCUGUUGUAGGUAUAGACCCAAACAACUCACAAUUUCCAGUGACAUAUGCAAUUGCUGAGAAGGAGAACACUGAAACUUGGACUUGGUUUCUGAAUUUAAUAGUUGAGGAUCUUGGCAUUGAAAACCCAAGUAUUUUCACAAUGAUGAGUGACCGACAGAAGGGUUUGGAAAAAGCUUUGGCUGACAUUAUGAUUGGAAGUGAAAUCAGGUUUUGUGCGAGGCAUUUGCACUCCAACUUCAAAAAAGAACAUCCUGGUUUGAUAUUAAAACAAAUGUUAUGGGGCUGUGCACGGGCAACUACGCCUGUGGAGUUUACUCAAAGAAUGAAUGCUCUGAAAGAAGUAGAUGAGAAUGCUUACAAAUGGUUGUUGAAAAAGGACCCUAAAGAAUGGAGCAAAUCACAUUUUAGAGAAGUUGUGAAGUGUGACAUGUGUCUUAACAAUCUUUGUGAAAGCUUUAACUUAGCUAUCAUGCCUACAAGAGACAAGGCAAUUGUAACACUGUUAGAGAAUUUCCGAUUUUUGCUUAUGUGCAGAUUCAACACCAAAAGGGAAGAAGUUAAGAAAUGGGGUAAAUCCAGUUGGUAGAAGGAUCUUUGCGAUUAUUGAGAAACACAAGAAAGUGGCCAUGGAAUGUUACUCAACAAUGGCUGGAAAUGCUCGGUUUUCAGUAACAUAUAAAGGAACAGAAACAUUUGUGGUUGAUUUGGUGAAUAAAGUGUGCAUUUGUAGGGUUUUCCAAUUGUCUGGCAUACCAUGUCCCCAUGUUUUAGCUUCUAUAUGGGCAUCAGGAUUGAACCAUUAUGAUUAUGUUGAUGACUAGUAUAAAAAAGAUGCAUACAUGGCUGCAUAUGCUGGGAUAAUUAAGCCCAUGCCUAGUCCAAAUAAGUGGCCCCAAACUGGCCUAAACCCCAUACUCCCACCUCCAGAGCAAGUCCUACCUUGAAGACCAAAGAAAAAGAGAAACAUAAGCAAUGAUGAACCUCCACCAGGUGCUACAACACUUUCAAGGAAGGGUCAAGCUAAUCACUGCAGCAGAUCCCAAAGUUACGAAGAGGAGAGGUAGACCAUUUAUGGCUAAUCCACUUCCUGAGACAGUGAAGAGGAAUGAGAGGAGAAAGAGACAAAAAGCAAAGGAACAGGCCUUUGGAUCUCAGCAGCAACAAGGAUGAAUUUUAGACCUGCUCUACAACAACUCAUUUUGUAAUGUUGGUUUCUGUGUAGAAGAGGGGAUGGAACAAGUCAUUUUGUGUAGAACAUAUCUUUUUUGUACAUGUGUAGAGCAGCUUCUUUUGUUUAAAUAUUUAGGGUGGAUGGAUAAAUGAGCAACUCCCUAUACUUUACUGUUUUA